GGUUCCCCUCCUCAGUCCUCCGCUCGCAUGUCCUGUGGGUGGGACUCAGGUCUCAAGUCUCGAGGAUGAAUCGAGAAGCCUAUAGUCUAUGCUGUUAACAUUUCAUGAUCCAGCCUCGACAGGAAGAAGACGGAAUUCUCCACUAGCAUUAGGAACCUGUAAAAUCUAUAUGUUUUGCUUUUGUUUGUAAAACGUAAUGUCAAUAUGAGAUAGAUAGUCAUGCGUUACGAUGCUCGCAGUGUUUGUUUUCCUCGGGUGUGCGUACUUCGUGGCACCAGUCUUUCAGCUCUCCUGUCUUUCCAAGGAAUAUGUUUCAAAAGCUGGUUGUUGUCCUAUGUGCAGAAAAGGAACCAUUGUUCAGGAGGACUGCUCGUAUGUAGCAGGCACACUCUGCAGCCGCUGUGAGAAAGGGACUUAUAUGAACCAACCCAACGGACUCAAUAGAUGUUUCACAUGCACCUCCUGUGACUCAGGCCACGGCCUCUUUGUCCUGCAGGGCUGUUCAGAAACAACUGAUACAGUCUGUGAAGUUAUAGAUGGCUAUUUCUGCAAAGAUGUGACAGGAUGCAGUGCGGCACAGAAACAUACAACAUGUGUACCUGGCGAGAGGAUAAAAGAACCUGGAACCAGCAGAGAGGAUGCACAGUGUGAGCUUUGUCAGCCUGGCUUCUUUUCAAAGCAUGGUGUGAAUUGCAACGACUGGAUAACGUGCUCAGAAACCCAGGUAAAGCUGAAGGAAGGAACCGAGAGCAGCGAUGUUGUCUGUGGAGUUUCUUCAAGAAAUCAUUACAUUGUCAUUCCAGCAGUAAUAUUGUUUGAAAUGACAAUUGUUGCGCUUUUCAUGAGUAUCUCUUGCAGGGGCCAUCUACUUGAAUCCAACGCUAACGAACAAGACGGACGCAUACAAAGUUUGGAAUCGAUGUGUGCUAAGCAGAGUUGGGUGUAACGCGUUACAAAGUAACUGUAAUAAUAUUACUUUUGUCGGUAACGGAGUAG